UUGCAGGGUUUCUACGUUAACGGCGACACGUCAGCGACAGGCGAUUCUGAUGACCUUCGUCUCGACGACACAGCUCUAAUGGUCGUCGAACAUCGUGGCUUCCAGCCAAUCUACACUCCAUGUGCCACAGUGCUGGCCAUCCUCAUUCUCGCUCUACUAGAGACUCUGGUCUUCACCCUGCCCUACCUCGUGGACCUGCCCAACGACUCGACGACCUCCGUCUACUCGAUCAUCCUGUACUGCCACGCUGCGACGUGGCUCUUCAUGCUGCUAGCAGACGCUUACCUCGGCCAGCAGCAUCGCGUGUCGCGGCGUAACGGAUACCUGGAGUUCUACAGACGCACGAAACUCAUCCGCAGAGCUCCUCUGGUGUUCUGUUCCGCAGCCAACGUACUGCUUCUGGUGGUCGUCGUGUUUCUAGCAGACUACUGCAGACUGGACGACCGUUGUGCUGGUACGCUGUUCACUCGAACAAACUAUCUACAGAUCAUCAUCUCUCUCGAGACUGUGUGCGUGUGUGCCUGUCUCUUUGUGUACCUCGUUCAGACGAUCAAGUUCAAUAGUGAAAAAGCUUGCCCAGAUGUCCAACAGGAGGAGCUACUGUCGCAUUACAUGCAGUCCCAUGUCAACAGUUCAGAAAUUGGAUUCAGGGAUGACAAUCAGCUGGACGACGUUCUGGAGAAGCAAGCCGACAUGAUUCGCUACCUGCAGCAGCACAACGCCAACCUGGGCAAGCGAAUCAUCAAGCUCCAAGCACAGCUGCAGGCGCCCAAGGCCUAACGCGCCGCGAGUAUUAAGAAGUUCCUGAUGCAUAUUUGAAACGAAUAAUGGCUGCAUGGUAAGUCAUUCUGUGAGUGAAUGUAACUGAGCAACGGGGAACAACUGUUGCUGGAAAAAGAAGAUUGAACUCGGAACGUGAACAAGAAGGAGUGAACCCACCUGCAGUGGGACAACCAUGAGUUAUUAAUUAAUUCAAAUGUGAAAAGGGCAGCGUGUGCUAUACUAAUGCUAAAUGCGAUAGAUAGCUCUCGCCAUUUUACACAGUUUCUAGCUCACAUCCUUAAUUCUCCUUAUAGACGAGUUAAAUAUGUUAUGCCAGCCAGUUCAUCUUUCGAAAGAGAAGUUGUCCGCUAGCCAUCCUUGGCUGAACAUUCAGUUCUGAUGAACUAAGCAUACAUCCUGACUGUUUUGUUGGAGUCUAGACUUCGUACCAGCCAGUGUAAACAUUGUAAAGGAACUGUUGUUACUAUCGACGGCUGGUUUGGUCAAGGCUGCUCGUGUUAUGCGUAGUUAAAAUUGUUAUUUGAGCUACGCAACGGUUUUCAAUGUUUGGUAUCAAUGAGAGAUGAAUAAGAUGGCUGUGUUUAAAACUUGGCAGUGGUCGUUAAUGGAUGACAUCAUUGUGCGUCGUUUUCGAGACAAAACGGCCAAUGGUUCCGCCAUGAAUAAACACUAAUGACCAGGGGCCCGUUGUCAGAAACAAAAUUAGUCUUAGCUUUAGUCUUAACAUUAACUUUAUGAUGUUUCUGACAACGGGCUCCUGGUUUUGAAGUCCAAGUAGUUAUCCAUUUCUAAUAGCAAUUGAACAAUUAAGCCUGGCAUGUGGACUGAUUAAAAUCUAAUAAUUAAAGUUUUAACUAUAAUAGGAUGCAGCACCAGCCACGCUUGUCUCUUCUCUUAGACCGUGUUUUGAAGAAAAAAAUCAUGACAACGGUUAUUCCUUACGCAUAGUAUGUAUAAAUUAAGAUCAAGGUGUUAUUUAAUACAGUAGUGCCUGCAGUUACGAGUAAAAGCGUAAAUGGAUAACCACGCAGCGUAUUUACGGUAACAAUCGCAAUAUGUACAAUUGAAUGUGAGCUGAGGGAAGUUCUGUUGCAGUUUGGUUGAACUAUACGUGUAAAGUCAAUAAUGUAAAGCUACCAGUAACUGUACUACUGUGUGUAUCUAAGUUACAAUCUCAGUCGUAGUAGGACUCUGCGUUUAACGUCCUAACGGGUCAUAAGUAAUACUAUAAUGUAAAUGUGAAUGUUAUGUUAGGAAUAACAUAAUUAUAUACUUUAUUUAAGAUCGUGUGGACGAAUGUUGAAUAAGUGUUGCUCCAUAAUACUGUACUAGAUCGUAGUCGUACGGUACGGUACGGUACGGUAAGUCAUGUGAUUUUCCUUGUUUCUCAGUUAAAAUCCGAUGCAGUUUUUCCUAGCAAUGGCUAGCAUACUUAAGUAUACGAUUGCCGUGUUCGCACGCGUAUUCAUGUGCUCUGUAUCCUUACUGUUAGGUACAAUAAUGUUACCCAACAAGAGUAGGGGAUACAUUUGUGCUCCCUACUCUUGUUGGGUUACAUUAUUGUACCUAACUUACUGUGAAGUAAAAUAAGGGAUCUAAAUGCUGGACGUGUCGUUGAAAUGGUAUGAAUGGACGGAAUUGCUCUACUGGGUGAUUCUUACACUUCAUACCUUCGUGUGCAGGUUAGUACAUCCGUGUAUAUAGAAAAAAAUACCAGCCUUAUUAUAUACGGAUCUGUUCUUCAAACAAUGUCUUCCAGUUUGUCCGUGUGCAUAUCAGUUGGAAGUUACAAAAGUCUAUGCUCUAGACACCAUGCAAUUCAGCAAUGUCAGCAGACAUAGCCGUAAAGGAUGCUCAUUUGUUUACCACCGAGUGCAUGUACAGGUUGACCACCGAUAUUCAGGCAUCCUUGUGAUCGAAGCCAUGCUGGACCACCAUUUUUUUCUAGACCAUCUAAUCUAUAUGUGGUAACCUCUGAUAAUUCCAUUGGCACCUACUACCGGUUAGCUAAACAGCUCACACUAGGCACCUAUAUACAACACCUCGUAAAUAUUAGUCUUCAAAGUCCAAGGGACUAUAUAUCGAAGACGGAAAGAGACAAAGUUGAUC